GCGAUACGGAUCGGAUACGGAAUUCGAAGCCGAUUGCCGGAACCGGAUAUCGUUGGAAAAGGCGCGUAAUAUUUUGUGAAUGGUGACCCUUUGAAUCAACUUACGAACACUUGCCGAGUGUUUAGCCAGUGAGUCUUCAGUCAAGCGACGUAAAAUCCGGAAUCCUUGGGCUUAAAGCCAUAUUAACUUCAGAAUGUCCGCUCCAGCGGCAGCUGCGGCGUCUGCCGUCCUGGACUUUGACGACAUCCUAGCCGAGAUCGGAGAAUUCGGACGCUUUCAGCGGCGGAACUAUCUGCUCAUAUGCCUGCCCGUACUUUUUGCGGCCGCCAACAGCCUGUCGUAUGUUUUCACGGCAGGUUCGCCGACCUACCGAUGCUACGUGCCCGAGUGCGAUAAGGUGGAGGAUGCGGACUAUGGAGCGGAUUGGGUGUCGAUUGCCGUGCCCGGCAGCUGGAGCAAGCGAGGCCAAUUUACGCCGUCCACCUGUGAAAGGUACGUGGCGAACGGAAGCCACUUUGCAUCCGCCUCAGAGCCUUGGAGCUCGUGGCCUUUGGAUCAGUGCUCGGCUGCGAAUUUCACGGCGGAAACGGAGAGGUGCCAUCAGUUCGUGUACGGCAGCUCGGAGCGAACCAUUGUGCAGCAGUGGGGAAUGCACUGCCAGGAGAAUCUCUGGAAGCUGGCCUUCGUGGGCACUGUGCACUUUGCCGGCCUGGUUGUGGGCACAGCUCUCUCCGGAUACCUUGCCGAUCGAUAUGGACGCAAGUACAUCUUCCUGUUCUGCAUCGUGUUCAUGGCGCUGACGGGAGUGGCGCAGGCGCUGUCCUGGGACUACAUAAGUUUCCUGGUCUUCGCCUUGUUGAAUGCAGUGGGCACUUCCGGUGUUUACCCGCUCGCCUUCAUCAUCGGGGUGGAAAUGGUCGGACCGCGAAAGCGUGAGAUGUCCUCCAUCGUGCUCAACUACUUCUAUGCCGUGGGCGAGGCGCUCCUUGGCCUGUCCGUUUUCCUGCCCGACUGGCGGCAAUUGCAGCUGGCGCUCUCGCUGCCGCCGCUCAUCUGUGUGGCCUACUUCUGGCUGGUACCGGAGUCCGUUCGGUGGCUGCUGGCCCGUAAUCGGCGGGAGCAAGCGGGUGUCAUCAUUCGGCGGGCGGCCAAGGUUAACCGGCGAGACAUCUCCGUCGAGCUGAUGGCCAGCUUCAAGCAGCAGGAGCUGGAAGCGGAAACCGGCAAUGAGGCUGAUAUCGAGGGUGGCGUGGACGUGCAGAAGGAUGACAAGAUCUGGCAGGCCAUCAAGGAGGUGGCGGGAUCUCCCAUUCUGAUGGGCAGAUACGCCAUUCUGUUGCUCAUUUGGGCCGUCAAUGCCAUCGUCUACUAUGGACUUUCGCUGAACGCCACUAGUCUGAGUGGCAACAAGUACCUGAACUUCGCCCUGGUUUGCCUCGUGGAGAUCCCUGGCUACAGCCUCGCCUGGCUGUUCUUACGGAGGUUUGGGCGACGCAUGGCACUUUCCGGCUCCUUGCUGCUCUGCUCCAUCACGUGUGUGGCCAGCGGGUUCGUCACACUAGCGCAAGGAGAUUGGAUUCCCUGCCACACUGGAGUCGAGAGUAGGCACUCGUGGAGUUGUGCCAACUGGCUGGUUGUGACGCUCUUCCUUGUCGGAAAGCUGGGCAUCACUUCCUCCUUUGCAGUCAUCUACACAUUCACUGCGGAAAUGAUGCCCACGGUCAUUAGGAGCGGCGGCGUUGGUGUCAUGUCCACAUUUGCCCGCUUCGGUGCGAUGCUGGCUCCAUUUGUGCCUUUAUUGGCGUCGUACUAUGACCCACUACCUCUGCUUCUUUUCGGGAGCUUAUCGCUUGUGGCUGGACUCUUUUCGCUGUUACUGCCGGAAACCUUCAACCGAAAACUGCCGGAUACGGUAGAAGAGGCGAUUGCAUUGGGGAAAUGAUUCACUCUUAUUUGGAUGAACAUACUCGUCGCUGGUCAGCAGCCUAUAUUUUUAUAAAAACGGACGUUGCUGAGCUUACAAAAUACUCGUAAUAAAGAAC